AUGCACACCCACCUUUCGACCCUCAUUUUAUUCGUGACAACCACAGUCAAUGCCGUCUCUAUUUCUAGAAACUUGCACGUAGAAAGCCAUGCAAAUACUAACACAUCGGCCAUCAAUAUAACACCUCUGAACCGCACCUCACCCACUGUGCAAAGGCGCGACUUGAAUUUGGGAGAUCUGUUAGAUGGCACACUUUUCCCUAAUUCAGACACCGGCACUGAUGGUCAAGCGGACACUACACAGAGAGCUUCGACAUCUGGUCCUGAUGUACAACUUGAUUACGGAAAUUUCAUCGGGGGAACCAAUGGAGACGUAGAAAGCUUCACUGGGAUACCAUAUGCGGAACCUCCUAUCGGUCAGAGAAGGUUAACAAACCCUAUACCACCACUCAGCCAUUACGCCAACUACGACGCAACGAUUUUACCUCCUGCUUGUCCGCAAAAAUUUCCACCAACCGGGAAUCGAUUGCUCGAGAGACUUUUGACAGAAGCUGAGCUGAUCAAUCAGUUUACACCUUUGAUCGGACCAAUCGCCGUGGGUCAAGAGGACUGCCUGACAUUGGAUGUGCGUCGACCGAAAGAUAUCACUGCAGGGGCCAACCUUCCAGUCAUGGUCUACAUCUAUGGUGGCGCGGCGGAGUUUGGCGCAACUAACGAGUAUGAUGGAUCGGCAUUGGUCUUGGCAAGCAUGGAGAAACAAACCCCUAUCAUAUAUGUAGCAAUGAACUACCGUGUCAACGCUUUUGGAUUUCUAGGAGGAAGAGAGGUUGGCCAGGCAGGGAUUGGAAAUCUUGGUUUGAAAGACCAACGGCUUGCUUUGAAAUGGGUACAGAAAUACAUUGGUCAAUUUGGAGGUGACCCAUCCCAAGUGACACUUUUCGGAGAAUCUGCGGGUGCCAUCUCUGUUUCGCAUCAGCUCAUGGCUUUCAAUGGCAAUCACGAGGGCUUGUUUCGUGCGGCUAUUUGUGAAAGUGGUACUGCAGCACCGGUAGAAACUUUUGCUGAAGGGGGUGGCCAAGGUGAUUACAAUGAGUUGGCUCGCUAUGCCGGUUGCGACGGUCAAUCCGACACCUUACAAUGUCUGAGAGAUAUCGACUUUAACACUUUUUACCGAGCCAUGUCGCGCAUUAAUGGAUUCGCGGAAAUCGAUGGAAUACCCUUCCGUUGGUCUCCGAGAAUUGAUGGAGAGUUCGUUACAGACACCUUAGACGGCUCGCUAGCCAAGGGCGCCUACCCUAGGAUCCCCAUCAUAUCAGGUGACCAAGAUGAUGAAGGCACAGUCCUCAGUGUUGGAUUGAUUCCUCUGAUCACGAGUGGCCGACUACGCCAAUACCUCUCUUCUACCUUCUUUUCGCGCGCCUCCCGACAGGAUAUCGACAAUAUCUUGAGAUUGUAUCCAGGAGACCCUGCAGCCGGGUCGCCUUAUGGGACAGGUAUUGCAAACAUUCUGACACCAGUGUUCAAACAAAUGGCAUCUAUCUUGGGUGAUGCUCAAUUUCAGGCUCCAAGGCGAAAGUUCUUGGUGGGUACUCAAGCAAACAUGCCUGUCUGGAGCUACAUAGACAAAGGUUACAAGGCUGUACCGUACUUAGGUGCUUUUCACGGUACAGACGUUCCCAAUGUCUUUGGAUGGCUACCAGGACCAAGAACAACCGAUUAUCAAUCUAGAUGGAUCGCAUUUGCAAACACCAUGAACCCUAAUGUCCCAGGCCUACCAGAAUGGCCUAACUAUGGUAAAGACCGAUUGAUGUUACAAGUCGGGGUCUUUGGUUCUGAAGGUACUACUACUGAUACUUAUCGACAGGAAGCUAUUCAAUACCUUAAUGAUCAUUCUACUUCUUUAGCUAUGAUACCAGUCUAA